AUGUCGACCCCUCCGGCCAGCCCCAACGCAGCGCCGAUUCCCCGCCAUGAGCAGCACCAACACGACCAUCCUCGACGCCGGACCCUGGAGCCCACCACCGCCCGCGCCCGCCUGCUCGAGCUCCCCGCCGAGCUGCGCCGAAUGGUCCUGGCCGAGGCCCUGCACGACCCCGCCGGGGUGCGCGUCGCCCAGGCCAGGGUGUCGAGCAUGAGCCCGGUACUGCCGACGCUGGCCGCCCUGCUGCUGGUGUCGCGCCGCGUGCACGACGAGGCCCUGCAGGCCUUCGCCUCGUCCAACCACUUCUUCGUCGACAACGCCGACGGCCUGCUCUGCCUGCUCAGGCUCGUCGGCCCCCACGCCCGCCCGCACCUGCGCCGCGCCGACGUGGCUUUCGCCCGCCCCACCGGAUGCGGCUUCAUCGACGCCCCCGACGCCCUGACCGAGGCGCUGGCCGUGCUGGAAGCCGACGAGGAAGAGAGUCGCUCGACGAGGCCGAGGCUGAGCUUGACGGUCGAGCUGGCGUUGCGCGCCGUGCAGGCGCCGUGGAACCACGCCCACGCCCGUGAGAACGAGCAUUGCCAUCACUAUCCCGAGUCGGCCAAGAACAAGGCCGGCAAGAACUUCUGGAUCCAUCCCGCCAGCGUGCGCGACACCCCCCACGCCGACGACCUGAAGCGGCUUGUGGCACGCGCCGUGGCGGUGCGCUGGUCCGGCAGCCCGCAGUACUCGUGGUCGAGCGCCGCCGACGACUCUUUGGACUUUGUACGCAAAUCCGAGGCGUGGCUGAGGUCGGCCGACGAGCCGGGCUUUGAGUACAUCUGCUCGUGGGAGGUGCUGCCGCCCACGCCGCUGACCUCGGCCAAAUCGAAGGAUGAUGGUGUGCUGCCGUCCAUUCCGGAACCGACGCGGGCGUGA